CGGUAUUUUCGGUGACAAGCUCCUGUCGUUGCCCGGUGGUGGUCGCGGCUCGUUUCUGCCGAUAUCGGUGAGCUCUGCACGCGAGAGAAGUUUGCCUUCAGGGCUUUCUGCCAGAAGCUCGUUCUUCCACCAGCCAAUAGAAUCAAACAAGGCUUUAGCCAAUUACGAGCCGUUUUCUCUUUCCACACAAACGAAUCCGUUUUCACUUGGACACUAAUCCCGCUCCCGAUCUUGCUCCAUUGUGAAAUGGAGUCUUACUGGCUGCAGUCGUUAGAAAGCUCUCUCCGCAAAGAACCCCAUCCAGAUGUUAAAAGGACAGUACACAUCAUACCCCCCAAUGAGACUUGGGAUGAGUUCAUGUCAAGACACUUGGUGGAAUUGGAAAAUAAUGGAGUUGGAAAAUUCUCAUCGGUGAAAAGAAGGGGAGCAGACCAGAUCCAGUGGCGUUGUGAAAAAGCUAAUAAAUGUAAAGGGAGGUCAAGCAGAGAUCCAACAACCACAAGGGCGAAGAGUUGUGGGGCCUAUGUCUCAUUUACAUUUGUGAGCAAAAACACCUUCAACACCUGCAUUGUGCGCCUAAUGAACAAGCACUCUGGACAUGAUUUCAACAAUUCCCGCACGCGGGGAUUGUUGAGAUCACGCCACACACCACGCACCAAUUUUGCCCAAAUUCACCCUCAGCUUCUUAUUACAACCAACCUCACUGCCACUUCCACUGCCACCAACGCCACGAUUGCCACCAGCAACAACAACACUGCUACCACUACCAGCACCACUGUCACCACCUCACACACAGUCCUCACCCACUCCACUCUCUCUACCCAGCACACUCCUCCACCUAUCAAUCCCUCCUCUUCCUCAACCCAGCACACUCCUAUACCUAUCAAACCCUGCUCUUUCUCCACCCAGCAUGCUCCAAAAGCAACUCCUGCCACCUCCACACCAAAGAUUUUCAAAGAAAUUUGGAGCAUACUCCCUCUGUCAUCUGGUGGGAAAAAGAAAAGGUGCAAAAUCACAGUGGAGGAACUGGAGCGCCGGGUAGGUCCCCCAGAAUACAUGUCAUUUUCAUCCCUAGCAGCAUACCUAAGGACAGAUAAUAACACAAGGCGGGAACUGCAAGCCCAGCUGGAGGAAGCUGGGAUUAAGCCCACCCAGUUUACAGCUGAGAUGUCCCUAUUUUCUCGGCUUUGUGAAGGCAAGCUGUCAUUUUUUUCCCUUCAUAAUUUUCAUGAAUCAUUAAGGUGA